ACUCUCAUUCCAUACCACUAUAUAUAUAUUCUCUACAAUUAUGAAUUAGAGUGAAAGUCUUUUUAAAAAGUACCUAAUUACCUAUAAAAGCAAUAAGUUGGUCAUUUUCACUUAUGGUUCUUUGGGGUUGACUUUUAAUGACAUUUGAUCAUGGUCAUAUGCUCAGAUUCUAAACUAGUGUCUAAUUUGAGCAAGAUGAGACAUCUAGAUCUAAGUUAUAAUAAUUUUGACGAGGAUGCCUUCAGGAUUUUGGGUGCUCUCCCAUCCCUUAAGUUUCUAUCCUCAGUGUCCAAUAGCAUGGAAGGACCACUUUCUAACCAAGAAUUGACUUAUAAUCUUAGCAAUUUGGAGGUCCUCCUCCUCAGAGGAAAUCUGCUCAAUGGAACACUACCAAUGGAAGGUUUGACAUCCUUCAGCUAUCUUCAUAUCUUAGAUUUGAGUGAGAAUAAUUUCUUUGCAAGUAUUCUCCAUCCAUAGGAGCAUUAUCUUCUCUGAAAGCUCUAUCUCUGGCUCAAAAUAAUCUUAGUGGUUCUUUAUCAAUUCAAGGUAAAAAUUCUAUUCGUUAAGGUUAUCUAUUAUAAACUAAAAGGCCAACAAAGUAGAAAUUCAAAGGCCAACAAAAAUUCUAUUGCUUCCUUUCUGUUUUUAUUUAUUAAUUUAUUUGCUUCUUGCAAAUAAAUAAACUAGCAUUGAAGAAAACUAUGAACUAGCAUCAUCUUUAUGUUUUCAAGAGUUAGCUGGUGUCUGAUAAAAUUGGAAGUUGAAAACUAAAAGUUGAGGAAAAUUCUAUUAUACACUCCUUUAAAAAAUGUGUAUCAUAUGAACCCCUAAUUAUGUUAUUUUAUUCUUUAGUUAUGUUAUU